AUGGAGUCGCGCGUUGAGAUAGGGAAUUGCGGUGAUUCCGAUCAGGGGAAAAGCAACUCUUCAGCAUCAAAUAAGGGGAAGUUGACAUGGCCCCAGCAGAUCCGAACAAUCACGGAUGAAGAUGGACGUUUUGAAAUGAAUUCGACAGGAAAUGGCAAAGAAAGACCUUACGCGGAUUGUGACCAGUCUGAUCAACGAUUUGAGUCCGGUCUACUGCCUCAAACUAACACGACGGCACAAUCUCACGGUCUGGCUACAGACACACUCGAAGCGGCAUCUCAAGGUCAAGAUGAAAUCUUAGUCACAGUACCUAUUACGAAGUUGCAGCAACUGGCCCAGAGAAGAAUAUUACGGAAGCAGCACAUGAUUGAACUUCAACUUCUAGAUGUGGCCGUUGAACUGAAACCCAUUGUUUCACUAGCCUCGAAUUCCGUCGAAAAUAGCCCAGAAGAAACUGGAACCAUGACAACAACCAGGUAUCGGGCAAAUUCCGCCUUGGAGAAGGUCGAAAUUCGUAUUCAUGAUCAUCCUUGGCCAAUUAAGAAAAUUGAAAUAGACCCGACAUAUACCAUUGACAUGGCCCUACUAGACAGCUUGUCGAAGUUCGAACCCUUCCACGAAACUUUCGAAGUAGCUUGGUCGAAAUAUCUUGCAGACUUUUUUAAUCAAGGCAUUGAUUUUCAGUACCCUCUAGCAAUACGAAAAGUGUGGUUGCGAAGACGCCUUUUCACCUAUCUCUACUCUGGAUCCAGUGUACAUUUGGGCACAGGAACUCAGACGAUAGGGUCCAUACUCGAGUUUGGUUACAAAAACAAAGUACUCAAGCAACUUCGGCUUCUAGAAUCAACUCCUGGCAUCACUGAGAAUACCAAAUAUCGAGCUCAGGUCAAAACGGUUAUCGUGGCAAUGUCAAUUCUGAACGAAUGUUUUGACCUGGUACUUUUGGAGACUGUUGCUCCUAGAUUGAUAGAAAUUCACCCAGUCAACGAACUUUUAGCUCUAAGUCUUGCAGAACUAAGAAUAUCUUUUCGCAUGUCUAGAUGCAAUCUAGCGGAGUCUGAAAUUGCCACUGGAAACACUGGACAGAUUGAUAAUCUGGACAUAAAGGCGUUGAAGACGAUCGGGAAUUUCAAAAUAUAUUGGACAGACUAUCUGGAAGAACGUUUUCUGUUACUUGUCACUGACAGAACACUGUAUCUUGCAUAUCCAAGAUUACACGUUGUUUCAAGAUUCGAGAGGUUGCAAAAAGCUCUCAUCAAUUCUUGUGAAAUUUGCUCACGCAAGAAUAAAGAUGAAUUUGAAGACAGAAUAAUUGACUGGAUGGAGGUAGUAUUGGAGCUUCCAAAUGAUCCUAUGGUCUGGCUCAAACACGCAUACGAAAAUUAUCUUGAUCCAGCGCAUCUGAGUAUGGCUGAAAUUGAGAUUAUAAGCAAUUAUCACGCUGAGAGGUUGGAAAAGCUGUGGAUGGCCAACAUUGCGCUUGAAGCCCAACAGGGGACCGCUUUUCGCUAUUCGGAUUUCGGAAUCUUCGAAAAAAGAAUACCUGUUAGUGCUGCACAAGCCGUCGCUGCUUUCAAAGCUUUGAAUAUGUCGCCUUCGGGUCAUUGA